CGGCUACCUGGGUGAAGAGAAUUAGGUCGCCGCGCUAUCCAAGAAAAAGAUGCAAAUUAAAACGCUUUGUGUUUACAUUCAUUAUAUAUGUAAGACCCUUUAACAGUAGUAAUAAUUAACCAUCGUAUUCGCAUGGGCCGAAUUACGUACUAAAGAUGAUCUCCGUUUCUUUGCUGUCGAAAAUGAGUAUUUACGAUGUAAAUAUUGGCGGUGACACUGUCAUCACAAGAGUGGCGGACCGUAUAGCCAUUGUGAACCUAGGCAUUUCCGAACUAAAGGCUGAAUUGAAUUCUUCAGAUUCAAUUGUUGGAAUUGAUAGUAUAAAUGACCUAGCUAAUAAUAAUACUAAAUUUGGCGGAGAUCUUCUGCUGCUUUAUGUAAAGAAGCGGUGCUUAAUCAUUCAAUAUAGCCGCCUGCUAUCUUUGGAAAAGGUACGUGGAAUUCCCGAUUCUCUUCUUCAAUUCCUGCAAGACCCGAAUAUCGCUUUUGUAGGUCCGAGAAACAUAAACACGAAAUGGCUCUUCAACAGUAUUAAUCCUGGCGGUUUCAACUGGAAAUUCGAGUUUAGGACAGUAGUGGAUAUAGGUUAUUUGGCUGCAAAGGUUCUUAAGAAGCCAAAGCUUCUCACUAGUACAUUAGAAGAAGUGGAGGUUGAAGCUGGAGUUGAUAUUAAGAAACCUAUCACUAGUAAUGGAGCAAUGCGUGAAAACUGGACGUUUCUGAAGUUCUGUCGGAUGAGGAAGUGAAGUAUGCAAUGUAUGAAGUUUAUUCAUGCUACCAAAUUGCUAGCAAGUUUUUGGAUGUCAGUACGGCAGGGAUGGCCAGAAGUCCAACUCCGGCUGUGAACAAGAAGAAAAGAUCAAGGACAAGAAGUUAGAUGAUGAGCAACUGCAAGAGACCAG